AUGUGUCUUGCUUCAAUUCUGAAGUAUAGCCCGAAGACUAUUCAAAGGUAUGCAUGCUAAAAGCCUGAUUUAUACCAUCAAAGUUCUGUGAUCACAGUAGGAAUUUGCCCAGGUAAAUUCUACGUUUUGAAUGAUUUGUUAAAAUUUUUAAAGGGAAAUGACUCAUUGUUUAAAACUGAUUCAGUUCCCUUUAACAUUUCUUGCAAAUCCUUCAAAACGUAGAAUGUACCUGCUCAAAAUUCCUACUGUGAUAACAGGAACUUUGAUAAUGUAAACCAGCUGUCACAGUACGUUACUAUCGAGUAUCGAAGGUCUCCCAGGCGGAUCUGUGUUCCGUUGGAAAUGUUUCCUUUAUUUCCUUGUUCUCCUCAAAAAUUUCAUCAUGUUUCCUUGUUUCCCAGCUUACAUGUUCCCUUUUCUGUGAUUUUUGGUUUUGUUCAUGUUUCCCAAUGCAAAUUAUACCUUGUUCUAUAAAACCCCUGGGAGACCCUCACUAUCACAGAAUCAUCCUUAGAACUAAAAACAUUCUGGCCAUGCAGAGGUCACUGAAAAAUUCAUUGUUUCGGUCGGAAUUCAAAAUUUCAUUUCAUUGACCCACAGGGUGACACUGAAUAUGUUCUAGAUCUAGACAUUCAUGUCAAAAUGAUUGCUUAUUAUGUAUCACUGAAUAUGUUCUAGACAUUCACGUCAAAUGAUUGCUUAUUAUGUAUCACUGAAUAUUUUCUAGACAUUCACGUCGAAAUGAUUGCUUAUUAUGUAACACUGAAUAUCUUCUAGAAUCAAAGCUCUGAUCAAAGGACGAGAUGCGUUCAUUGUCCCUGGCGUUCUUCAUCAAGAUGACUUGUAUCUAUCUGAUUUACUAGGUAACACUUUAAUUAUGUAUCAAGGUGCAAUGAUGCAAAAUAUUUAGUCGUACCCUGACUAGUACUCCACUGGCUGGUACUUGAGCUGGUACAAACUUAAGACUCAAGGUGUAUGUCCUUAGUCUUUAAAAUGAAGUACAUAAGGUACAGGUUUCUGAAAUAUAUCUUAAUAUAACCAGCAACUAGGGAUUAUAAAUAAGGAGCACAAUUGCAUGUACAAUCAGUACAAUCCACUCCAGUGGAUUUAAAGUCUGCGUGUCAGACUUUACACAUAUUUCGACUAAAUUAUGGUUUGAAAUAACUUGGGCUUGGAAACGUCAUAUGGUACAAGCAAAAAGUUAAGUACGCAGAUAGCAAGAGCAGUACGUACAUGCAUGCACGUUCGUGGCUGAAACUGAACAGAUGUACCAGUUCGUCGUAUUGGCAUAUCUUGACAAUGUUUUUGUCCAUAUAAACCCACUAUUUCUUCAGAACGAGUUUCCAGACCAGGCGGGUUGAAAACGCCCUACCCGGCCACUCCUACAGUGUAUAGCCGGGAUCAUAUAACCAGACCCUCAGAAUCGUAUUCUCCUAUUUAGAUAUACCAAUCCUAAGUCCAGAUCCAGAUAUAGCCAACUUGUACGCGUCCAAGUCUGGUACGAAGAGAAUUUUCCUUGCUGCUAAAGUAGAUAUUCCACCAAGUGAAUUUGAUAUUUAUAGUUUACCUCAGGUAAGUGAAAAUCUCAUGCUAUAUUGCUGGGUUACAGGAACAGCAGCGCAGAUGGUGGUCAACUUCUGAUAUAUUGACACUCACAGGGCUAUGUAAAUGAAAUUACAUAUCUCAGUUCUAGUAUUAGCGUCCAAAUACAUCAUGCAGGGUUGAAAAAAUAGGAUCAUUGGUCCCGAAUAUCAACAUCAGAGUGAAAUCAAAAUAAAUAAAACUGCACUGUCAGCAGAUGCAUUAUGUAUAUCCUCAGUCUCUUAAUCAGCUGUGAACCCAUGCAUUGAAGUCAAUAAAAUAUCAACCCUAACCAUUCCGGUUGCAGUACACCAACUAUGCACUUAUCAAAUGCAAGCUACCUUCAACCUAGACGCAAUUUAGGCAGUAGAUUGUUGUUUCAUUCUACCGGAAUACAACAUUCAAAGCAAUGCGACACUUUGUCACAGUAAUACACUUUAAACUGUAAUUCAAGUGCCGUUAUAAUCGUGGAUACAAGCAGAAAUAUUCCAUGUUAUGCACCCUGCGGUCCCAGCUGAUGACAAAAAUUUCCUCCCCUAAAAUACAUGACCAUUACAUAUAGUGAAAAGAAUUAACAUCAUGCAUACAUACUCCCACACCAUCUGCAUCGCAGUAAAACCCACUUGUAACUCGGGGUUUUCAUUUUUCCAGCUUCACGAAUGCUUAGCUCAGGUAGUGACAGAAAAUCUCCACAUAAAAAGAUGGCUGUUUAAAAUGGACAACGAAUUUGGAGGCCGUGGGACAGGUACGGAUAUAUGCUGAACUGAGUUUCAUUCUCAGAAUAAUUCUUGGUUUAAAUUAGGUUUCAUUCUGAAGUAACACUGGACCAAUAAGACGAUGUUCUUACCGGACCUCUUGCGUGAACUACAGUUAAAAAAUAAAAGAGCUAUUUAGUACAACUAAAGUCAGUUUAGUUUUCUAUUAUUUUCUAACAAUUUUCAAGGCUCAUUUCCACUAAAGAAAAUUUUCCACGGACAGAAAAUUUUCCGAAUAUAUCAUUGUUAAAAUACUUUUCUGUCUGUGGCGUUAUAUGUACUCAGUUCCAAAAUAUCACCAAAUUGAACCGACUUGAUCUCGUAGCUCAUUUGGUAGAGCAUUGGACUAGUAUCCCAAAGGUCGCGGGUUCCAUUCCCACCGUGGUCAGGCAAACUUUUCAGCCUGCCCGGUGUGGAUGCACACUCAGAGUGUGCAUGCGUGUGCACACCACAAACAUCAUUGUUAAAAGUUAAAAAUUUAUUCCCGACAGAAAAUUUGUGUUGGCCAAUCACAUUUAACAAAAUUUUCUUUCUAUGGAAAAUUUUCUUGAGUGGCAAUGGGCCAGUUCUAACCAUCACGUCUUCUUUAUUUCAGCAUACUGCGACGUAACGCCAUAUCUGAGUUGUUAUGCCGCCGCAUGGAAAGAAUGCCAGAGAUAUGGAGAGAAAUGGUCCAAGAAAUGGGCUCAUGAACCAAUGCUCAUUAGGAUUGCUGCGGAAAUUCCCACGAUACUUGCCCAACAUGGUUCACCUGUGUCUAAAGAAGGUUACACCACGUGGGAAAAGUUUCUAGAAGUCUUUCUACAACGAGGUAUGAAUAAAAGCCUUCCAUUUGGUCAUGCCAAUUGCGGCUAUAUUAAAGUGGUCU